AUGGGCUGCGUGGGGUCUACAGCGAAGGAAGAUUCCCCUAAAGGUAGGAUUGCGCUCUGGAAUGCCAUCUCUGCUUCCUCUUCCCCCACUGGGUUCUCCCAUUCCCCUUCCCCGGCUCUGCUCUCCUGUCCCCCUUCCCGCGCCCUGCCCUCCCUGUGCCGCAAGAAGGUGGUGAAGCCCAAGGCAUGGAAGCACCCAACGCCGCUGUCACAGGCAGAGCUGGCGCGCAUGAGGGAGGAGUUCUGGGACACAGCGCCGCACUACGGCGGCCAACGAGAGAUAUGGGACGCGUUGAAGGCGGCCACAGAGGGGGACAGAAGUAUGGCGCAAGUGAUACUCGAGUCAGCAGGGGUGGUGGUCGACGUACCAGACAUGUCCGUGUGCUACGAUGAGAGAGGAGCCAACUCGAAAACCUGUCCACUCCUGCCUUCUGCUUUUCUCACCUCUCCGCCUGUUCGUCAGCAGCUUUUAUCCCAAGCGAGCGCUGUGGGAGCCGCAUUGGCAGCAGCAGCGCUGGUGGCAGCAACAGCAAUGGAGGAGCGGAGAGCACUGGCAACCAUGGACGCCUCAAGUGAAGGCGUGGCGCAAGAGUGGGAGAGCAGCGGAUGGAGCGUGGUAUGCGGACUGGAAUGGCAGCGAGUGGACGGGGGCUGUGCAUGUGCGUGUGGGGGGAAGGGGGAAAGAGGAUGGGGGCUGUGCAUGUGUGCGCGUGCAUGUGUGCAUGCCUCUGAGUGUGCCUCUCAACCUUCAAGCUCCAGAAUGUGGCAGAUUGCUCGUGGUGUAGGAGUGGGAGAGCAACACACGAAGCAUGCUUCUCCUUGUUGGUGGCUCUUCUAUAGUGAAGUGCAAGGCGGGGUAGAGGACAUGUGGGCGCACCCCGCCAAUUUGCUCGUCCUCCAGUUUUCUCCGUUACCACUUUUGAACCACCAACGGCCUCGCUUCUCGUCUUCCUCUCCCUACCCCCACUCUUCCGGCUCCUCCCCCUCCUCCCCCUCCUCCCCCUCCUCCCCCUCCUCCCCCUCCUCCCCCUCCUCCCCCUCCUCCGCUUCCUCCCCUUCCUCCCUCUUCGCCUGGUCUGCCACUCAAGCCGCGCUUUCCCCCUCCUCCGCUUCCGCCCGCGCCUUCUCCACGUCGUCCGCCUUCCCCCCGCCGUCGCCGCACUCGCGCGGAGCGCUCACGAGCAGAUGGGCGGCGGACAGGAAGCGGAAGAAGGAAGCUUCGAAGAAGGUAUCACUGGCGUUGCGUCCCAUGCGCCCUGAUCCCCCCCACUUUGCUUUUCCCGUUUUUCUCCUCCACUCGUCGUCCCCCCCGCCUCCCACGCCCACCAGGCGUCAGUGGCGCGUCACUGGCGUCGCUGCUGGCCCGAUCAGACCAUGUGGUCACUCGCAGGGUGGAGGUUUGAGACGCCUCAAAGCUCUGCCUCCCCCGCUCUUCCCCUCCCCCUGCCUGUCCUCCUUGCUUCCCCUUCCCCCUGCCCCCCUCGCCCACCAGGCGUCGCUGGCGUCGCUGCUGGCACGGUCGGACCUGGUGGUCACUCGCAGGGUGGAGUGGGGCAACGUGCUGCUGGGGUACGAGCAGUUUCUAACUCGUCCUUUUCCUCCCAUGUGUCCAUGCACGCCCCGCCGAUACCAACAGAGUAACCAGUAUGCUAUCGUGGACGCGCACACAGGCGAGGUCAGUCCCAAGUCACACACCUGCAACGUUGUCAAUCUCUAUCUCUUGAGUUCCAUUGUUCCCAACCCGUUUGGCACCCUGCGUGUCAGCAACACCUUACCGCUUAUGCCUUUUCCUCUGUAUUUCCCCGUUGCAACCCCCCCCCCCCAUGGCCUCCCACCAUGCGUCAUGCGGCAUCCCUGCAGCACGUGGGGGCUAUUGUGGAGAGCAGCAACUGGCUCAUGCGCCAGGUGUGAAGGGGGUGGGUGCAAGGGGGUGGGUGUAAUGGGGGUGGGAGCACCGCACGCUCAUACGCUGUACUGCCCGCUCAUACGCUGCACCGCACGCUCAUACGCUGCACCGCACGCUCAUACGCUGCACCGCACGCUCAUACGCUGCACCACACGCUCAUACGCUGCACCACACGCUCAUACGCUGCACCGCACGCUCAUACGCUGCACCGCCCGCUCAUACGCUGCACCGCCCGCUCAUGCGCUGCACCGCACGCUCAUACGCUGCACCGCCCGCUCAUACGCUGCACCGCGCACUCAUACGCUGCACCGCCCGCUCGUGCGCUGCACCGCCCGCUCAUACGCUGCACCGCACGCUCAUACGCUGCACCGCCCGCUCAUACGCUGCACCGCACUCUCAUACGCUGCACCACACGCUCAUACGCUGCACCGCACGCUCAUACGCUGCACCGCACGCUCAUACGCUGCACCGCACGCUCAUACGCUGCACCACACGCUCAUACGCUGCACCACACGCUCAUACGCUGCACCGCACGCUCAUACGCUGCACCGCACGCUCAUACGCUGCACCGCCCGCUCAUAUGCUGCACCGCACGCUCAUACGCUGCACCGCCCGCUCAUACGCUGCACCGCGCACUCAUACGCUGCACCGCCCGCUCGUGCGCUGCACCGCCCGCUCAUGCGCUGCACCGCCCGCUCAUACGCUGCACCACACGCUCAUACGCUGCACCGCACGCUCAUACGCUGCACCACACGCUCAUACGCUGCACCGCACGCUCAUACGCUGCACCGCCCGCUCAUACGCUGCACCGCGCGCUCAUACGCUGCACCGCCCGCUCGUGCGCUGCACCGCCCGCUCAUGCGCUGCACCGCCCGCUCAUACCCUGCACCGCCCGCUCAUGCACUGCACCGUCCGCUCAUACGCUGCACCGCACGCUCAUAUGCUGCACCGCACGCUCAUACGCUGCACCGCCCGCUCAUACGCUGCACCGCACGCUCAUACGCUGCACCGCCCGCUCAUACGCUGCACCGCGCGCUCAUACGCUGCACCGCCCGCUCGUGCGCUGCACCGCCCGCUCAUGCGCUGCACCGCCCGCUCAUACCCUGCACCGCCCGCUCAUGCACUGCACCACCCGCUCAUACGCUGCACCGCCCGCUCAUACGCUGCACCGCCCGCUCAUACGCUGCACCCCGCGAAUACGCUGCACCGCCCGCUCAUACGCUGCACCGCCCGCUCAUAUGCUGCACCGCCCGCUCAUACGCAUGCUCAUAUGCUGCACCGCCCGCUCAUACGCUGCACCGCCCGCUCAUAUGCUGCACCCCGCUAAUACGCUGCACCGCCCGCUCAUACGCUGCACCGCCCGCUCAUAUGCUGCACCGCCCGCUCAUACGCAUGCUCAUACGCUGCACCGCCCGCUCAUACGCUGUCCCGCACGCUCAGACGCUGCACCGCACGCUCAUACGUUGCAUCGCACGCUCAUACGCUGCACCGCCCGCUCAUACACUGCAUCGCACGCUCAUACGCUGCACCGCCCGCUCAUACGCUGUACCGCCCGCUCAUACACUGCACCGCCCGCUCAUACGCUGCACCGCACUACGCCUUCGGUUGUACUCUUUCCUGAGGGCGCAUCGCCCCUUCACCGCGUCCAUCCACGAUGCACACGGCACGCUGCUGCUCACCGUGCGGCGGCCCAUGUUUUUCAUCACCAGCACCAUCUAUGUUGAUCUGCUUGCUCAGAAGGGCGUAGGGCAGGUGCACAGGCGGUGGCACCUGUGGAAGCGAGUGUACGAUGCGUACCUGCACAAGCAGCAGUUUGCGAGAGUGGUUAACCCUGGCUUUUGGUGGUGGUCCUUCGCUCUGUGCGACGCCGAGGGGCAGAGGAUAGCAGAGAUCACCCGCAACUGGCGGGGGUUGGGCUUUGAGGUGUUCACAGAUGCGGGGCAGUACGUGGUGAGAUUCGGAUCUGUGCGGCACUGGCAGCAGCAGCAGCGGGACAAGCGGGAGCAGCGGGAGCGGGAGGGCAGGGAGGGUGAAGAGGAGAAGGCGCAGCAGUAUCAUCAGCCAUGGUUCUCAACAGAAGCGGACGAGGGUCCCGUGCUCUCGGUGGCGCGCCCGCUCUCGCUGCUGGAGCGGGCAGUGUGUCUGGCGCUGGCCGUUUCACUUGACAACGACUACUUCUCCCGCCACAGGUCAGUGGUCAGCACUCGCCGCAGGUCCCCUGCUCCCUGUAGCGCGCCCUCUCUCUCUGCUGGAUGGAGAGAGCAGUGUGUGUGGCGCUGGCCGUCUCACUCGACAACGACUUCUCACGCCACAGCGGGCAGCGCAGAAAGCGGCGGCAAGAUGUCGGUGAGCACGUCCGCGUUAUACGCGAUCAUGUUCCUGUGCGCCGCCUUCGUCUUCUCCUUCCUCUUCCGCGUCCUCCGCGCGCUGCUGCUGCACGCCGCGCUGCUCUCGCCGCUCCCGCGCCGAUCCGACGACCCAGAUUCCACCAUCCACGUGCGCACCGUUCUCGUCAUGGACGGAGUUCCGGAGGGCGCGCCAGCGCACGCGGGGGAAGGGGAAACGAGGGGCGCGGGAGGGGGGACAAGAGGGAAAGGGUUGCGGGCGGAAGAGAUUGCGCAGCACAGCGAUUUGAUUCGGUACAGUGAGGUAAAGGAGGAGCGGAGAGUAGAAGAGAGGGAUUUGGUAGUGGUUGAGAUAGGCGAGAGGGGGGAGCGAGAGCAGGGUUGGGAUAGUGAAAAGGCGCGCGCGGGGACGGAAGGUGUUGCUGAGGCAGCGUGUGAGGGGGAGGGGCAGCGAGAGGCGGAUAGAGAAACGGACGCAGCAAGAGCAGGGGCGGCAGUAAACGGACAGGGCAGUGAAAAGGCUGAGCGGCGACGGGACGUGGAUGGUUCGAGCGAGCGUCUUGCGAAGGCGCAGCACAAGAAGCAGGAGACGGAGGAGAAGGGGGCGGGAGCUGCACGGGCAGCAGAAGCAGGAGGAGGGGCAGGGGGCGGAGCAGUAGGGGGCGGAAGAACAGGGGGCGGAAGAGUAGGGGGUGGAGAGGAAGAAGAGGGAGGAGUGGAGGGGGUAUGGGGGGCAUUGGCGGUGGAGUGUUCAGUGUGCUUGACGGAGUUCAAGGAGGAGGAGCGUGUGAGACGACUGCACUGCUGCACCCACAUGUUCCACCAG